CCGAGCUAUCACCAACUCUCAUUCCUCGCACUCUUCAGCUAAGCAGUCUUCCUAUCUCUGAGCUUUGCGCCCGUGCUUGUCGAUCUAGCUCGUCUCGCUCAUGGGGAACUUCGCGUCGUGCACGCUCGCCAGGAUCCCCGGGGCGGCCAGGGGCGCCAGGGUCGUGCUCCCGGACGGCGGUGUGAGGCUGGUCAGGCCGCCAACCACCGCGGCCGAGCUGAUGCUCGAGGCGCCCGGCCACUUCCUGGCCGACGCACGCACGCUGCAGGCGGGGCGCCGGAUCGCGGCCCUCGCCGCGGACGAGGACCUCGAGCUUGGUGGCGUCUACGCGGCGUUUCCCAUGAAGCGGCUCGGCUCCAAGGCCGCGUCCGCCGACCUUGCGCGCCUGGCAGCCGUUUUCACCAGGGAGGCACAUGCGCGGAGGCCCGCUUCGGCCAAGGUGGCCGCAAUCCUUGUCGUGGCGCCGCACGAGGUGGCUUCCAUUCCGGCGGCGGAGGUUGACGCCUCGGUCAGUGCGCCACGGCUGGAUGAGAUGGACGUGGACGACGAGGCCGCCGCGGCGGAGAUCGGAGAGCUCAAGCACCGGAUAAGCUGCGGUCGCUCGUCCAGGCGGCGGCCGACGCUGGAGACCAUACACGAGGAGAGCUACGCGCCAGCAGUUUGCUAAUGCGACAGCUCAAUUUAGCUAGCCACGUCCGUAACGAAAUGAGGGUGGCAAAUGCCUUCUCUCGUUUCCCUUUUUCCCAUU